AUGGAUUAUUGGUUGAUAAAUCGAUUUCCCACAACAAGAGCACUAUCAUUUCUCUUUAUUUUUCCCCUUCAAAUCCUCUCAAUCACCGUUUGCCCAAAAUCGGAUCAUUUAAAAUUAAUACAAAAGGAAAAACACUGUCCUGAUUUUAAAGAUGAAGCAAAUAAAUCGUACUGUUGUCCGUCGAAAGUAUCGAUGGGUUCAUACUUUUGUUGUACCCUGGAGGACAUUGAGAAGAUCGAGGCCGAGGAAAGCUCGCGACAGUGGCGACUUUUCAUCACAAAUUAUCUUGCUGUGAUCAUUUUGACGAGUCUCGCCUCCGUUUGUCUCAUCAUCAUCAUUACAUCGAUUCUCUGCAAGAAGAUCAAACGCUGUCCGCUUUAUCGAGAUCAAAACGUAAUUGCAAACACAAUGACGACAACAGUUUCAAUGUACAGACCAGUGGACACAAUACCGCCGAAAAUCUAUGAAGCUCCUCCACCCUACGAUUUGGCGUUCUCGGAUCGAACACAAAACGAUUGGAAUUGCUUGGUGGAAAAUGAGGUGAAUCGAGAUCGACGAACGCCUCCACAAACGCAA